AUGGCAUCAGUAAUAGUCGUUGAUAAUGACUUGAAGGAUUCGAUCAAGGAGUACGUCCAGGUCCUUGAUGGUCUUAAUGGCAACACUGAUCUUGCGACAAAAGUUAAUUCAUCAUUACCUACUCAACAAGAUCAAGCCAUCUCCAAUAAACAAGAGUUGUACACAAUACUUCAACAAGCAUCAACUGCAGAAACAUUGAGGAAUUUGACCGAUAAAGAAUUUGAACCCACCAUUUAUUUAUUGAUCCACAUCCUUUCUCAAUUAGGCAGUAUUGAUUUGGUAUUGAAUUCUGAAUCAUCACCAAUUUACAAUUUACUUUUAACUAUUAAUCCUCAACAACCAUUAUCUUUGAGAGAUAGGAAAUCAAUUAGGUCUACUUCAGUAUUGUCUAUUUUAAGUACGAUUUUCAAUUUGAUACCUAAAGAAUCAAAAACUAGGAUAUAUGUGAUUAAGCAAAUUUUAAAAGUUAUCAAGACUUCUGAUAUUGAAUUUAAUGCCAUUGAAGAUAACAUAUCGCAAAACUUGGUCAAUUGGUUGCAAGAAAGUAAUGCAUCUGAAAACGAAAUAAAGGAAAUUUUUUGGGAUUUCAUUGCAUUGGAUAAGGGAUAUUCUUUGAAAUCAUUGAAUUUUAUUAAAUCAUUUACCCAUGAGUUUGCCGUAUCGGAACCAGAAUUGACCAAAUUGAUUAAAUUUGCAUUGUUGUCGAAAAUUGUUGAUGUUUCAUUCUUGAUUAAUAAUAACGUUGCAUCUGCAUUGAAGAACACUGAUAAAUUGACUCAACUUUUUGCUCAAUACGUUAGAGGUGAAAUUCUUUCCACAGAAGAUAUUGCAGCAGCUGAUGCAUCUUUACCAGCACAAUUUAUCCAUCAAAAAUCAAGAAUUUUAAACUUGGCUAAAUUCUUUGCAAACAAAUCGUUAUCAUCCGAUCAUGACAAUAUUGUGUUCAAAUAUAGCGAAAUCGAAACUGCGUUAAAUUCCACCGAAUUGGAAGAAUUGUUGGUCGAAGCUAUCAAAGCUGGUGUUUUGGAAGGUAAGAUCAAUCAAAUUGAUGAAACUUUUUGUUUGAGUAGAGUCAAUAGAUUUAUAUUGGCUGGUGAUGAAGAAGCAAAUGUUGAAAACUGGAAUCUUGUCAAAAGAGCAUUACAACAAUGGUUGGAUUCAAUAACUAACAUUGAUGAUAUUGUUAGAGCUACUAGAGAAAAUCUUGUUAAUAGUAGUGCUAAUUAG